CCAGCCAGCCACUAGGUUACAAGGGCUGUUGACAGAUGGGAGGGCACAUCCUACCUACUGGGUCAGCUGUGGUCUGAGGUCCCCACCCAAUGAGGAACCACAGAAGGGAGGGGAGUGGAGAGGAGGGGAGGAAAGGGGAGGUGAAAAGAGGGGAGGGGAGAGAAGAGAGAGGAGAGGAGAGGACAGGAGAGGAGAGGAAAGGAGAGGACCAUCAUGGAGCACUGGAAUCGAAUCAAGAUUGCCAAAUGCCAGAUACUGAUCACCAACUUCUUUGUCUUGCUGCUGGGCCUCUCUACGGCCACCAUGGCAGCUGUCACUCGCUUUGGAGACCACUUGACUGUCAUUGGUCAUGCAUCCUUGGAGAGGAACCCCUAUGAAGCAAUGCACUACUGGGCCUUCUACGUGGGGAUCAGCCUAGCAGGUCUGCUGAGCCUGGGCGCUGCCCUGAGCACCACAGCCACAGUGAGGGAGGCCCAUGGCCUCAUGGCUGCGGGGUUCCUGUGCUUUGCCCUGUCAUUCUGUGUCCUGGUGCAGAUCGCAUUCUGGAGAUUCCACAACCCCACCCAGGUGGAGGAUGCAGUAUUGGACACCUAUGACCUCGUGUAUGACCAGGCAAUGAAGAGUCCAUCUAGCAGCUGGUGGCAGGAGCUGGCCACCAUCCAGGACACGUUUCUGUGUUGUGGGAAGAAGUCUCCUUUCGGGCUUCUGGCGAGCACCAGAGCCAUCCUGUGUCAGGGCCAGGAGGCCCUGAGAGAGGACUGCCUACAGAGCAUCGGGAAGUUUCUGUGGACACACUACAGAAUCGCCUCCACCCUGACCUGCACCAGCCUGGCCCUCACGGUAUAUGCCAUGAUGCUCUGCGCCUUCCUCUGGUUUACCAUUCACUCCUACUGUGGAUUGGAUCGAAAAGGCAGAUACACCCUGAGCCCACGAGCCCAUGGCUGCCAGCCCCAGGAACCCAGCCUCUUCAGAUGGACCGAGAGUAGGCCAGUGCCUCAACGCCCCUCUGAAACACAAGCGUUUGCUAACUAUUCGACACCCCUCUGAAGCACAGGUGUUUGCUCAUUGGGUCUAGUAGGAUGCUUGCUGUCUGCUUGCCCACAGAGAUGAAGACUCUGGCCCUGAGCCCUCCCAUGAUCCACAUGGUGGGGGAACGGAAGGGGAGAAGAUUCCACCAGAUGUGUUAGUUACUUUUACAUUGUUGUGGCCAGACACCUACCAGAAACAGGAGAGAUUUAUUCUUGCUCAUGGUUUCAGGGAGAUUCUGGUUCAUCACAACAGGGAAGGCAUGGAGGAGUGGCUGUGUCUGUGGCAGCAGGAAUAUAAGGUGGCAAAUGCUGGAGGCUAGAUGUUGAGGCAAACCAACUUCCUCUGGGUCAUCAUGGACCACUUUGCUCCAUAGUCACGACAACAAAAUGCAUGGAACCACAUGGCAAUAGCCAGGUUUUUGGUAAUGGCCAUGGGGCUGUUAAUGCUUCUUAGUUUAGGGAGAAGAGGUCACCAUAUCCUUGCCUGAAAUUCCAGCUACCACUCCCUCCUUCCAAGAAACUGUUAGGAUCUUGGGAGAUGCCAGAGUGUGGAAAGUUAACUGAAGCCAGGUCUCCAUAAUCCAGCAUCCAUGAGAUCUCACCUAUCAUGGGGUGAGGCUUUUAGGUAAUGAUACUGUUUGGGGGUCACCCACACUCCCUAUAAGUAACUCCUCACCCCAAUAAAUCUAUUGGUUCAAGUUGAAACUUGAGUAGAAUCUUCUCUAUUGUCCAUGCCCCACCUGGGGUGACCGGUUUCUUGCUCGUGUUUCCCAGAGAAAAGUCAUGUAAUAGCAGAGAACAGGUAGAGUGGAACCAGGGGCAGUGUCUUAGGGUUUCCAUUGCUGUGAAGAGACACCGUGACCAUGGCAACUCUUCUAAAGGAAAACAUUUAACUGGGGCUGGCUUGCAGUUCAGAGGUUUUUAGUCCAUUAUCAUCAUGCUGGGAAGCAUGACAUCGUGCAGGCAGACAUGGUGCUGGAGUGGUAGCUGAAAGCUCUACAUCUGGAUUGGCAGGUAGUAGGAAGAAAGAGUGAUGCUGGGCCUGGCUUGAGCAUCUGAAGCCUCAAAGCCAGUCUCCAGUGACACACUUCUUCCAAUAAGGCCACACCUCCUAAUAGUGCCACUCCCUAUGAGCCUAUGAGGGCCAUUUUAAUCCAAACCACCACAGGCAGGUAUAACCUUCCAAAGUCCACCCCUAAUGACCUCCUGCUAGCCAGACUCUACUUCCUACAGGCUCUACAAUAGCACCAUAAGCUGGGGACAGAACAUUCAGAACAUGAGCCUGUGGGAGAUGUUUCAGGUCAAAUCUGUGAUACAGAGCAAACAUACAUGAGCCUGUGGAAGACACCAGAUUAAAACUAUGACGUCAGGUAAACAGCUCCAUGCAGAACAGAUAGAAACACCUAGGGUGAUUUGGUGAGUCUGUGGAAUAGGACAGACUAGGUCAAGGACAGAGGAAACCAGCACAGGGUGGGCAGGAGCCCUGGUCAGAUGUAGUCCUGCGCCUGCCCCUUCCAGACAUUGUCACAUUCAUGUCCUGUGCUGUGAAGGGAAGAGCAUAAACCUGGCGGCAAAGUCUGUGUCUGUCACUGUGACAAAAUACUGAGAAAGUCAACUUAGAGAAAGAAAGGAAGAAAACCAACUCAAACCUGAGAAAGUCAACUUAGUCUGAGUCAGGUUUUCAGAGGUCUCUGCCCAUGGUCAGCUGGCUUCAUUGUUUGGGGGCCCAAAUGAGGCAGAACACAGCAGGCUAUGUGUAUAGUGGAGUAAAGCUAACACCUCAUGGUGGCCAGGAGUAGAGAGAAGGGCCAAAGACAAAGAAAACCCCUUCUCAA